UCGCUUGUACUAUCGCAACUGGCUCACAUGGCCGAAGUAGUAGGACUCGUAUCAGCUGUUGCGCAACUGGCUGGACUCGCGGUUGGGUUAACCAAGUUAAGCUAUGUCUAUGUUUCGGAUGUCAGAAGUGCACCCAAAUCGCGAAAAUUGUAUAAAAGGGAAAUCUCAGCGCUGGCAGAAGUUCUGCAACAUCUCAAAUUGUCGAUCGAACAGCACGGCACACAGUCAGUUACUCUAUCGGAAGCAGACAUUAGAGAAUGUCUGGAAGAGCUGUCGUCUCAGCACGCAAAACUAGAAAAGAAUACGGCUCAGUUUCUCUGGCCAUUCCAGGAAAAAGAGUUCAAGCGUACGAUAGAACAUUUGCAUCGUUUCCGCCAGGUUUUCUCAGACUGCAUAGCUACGGCUACGCUGGCGAAAGUGUCUUCGGCGAAUGAAAAAAUCGAUACCCUGAAGCGUGGUCAAGAGCAAGUUGCAUUGCUAGAUUGGCUGCGACAGCCAGAUGGCCUCUCAAAGACAUUGCCCAAGCCCACAAGUGGAACUGGCCAAUGGUUUAUCAAUCACGCCAAGUUUCAAGAGUGGCUUACUGAUCCACCGUCACUCCUUUGGUGUCAUGGUCCACCUGGAGUUGGCAAAUCACUGAUUGCUGCCAUAGCGGCCCAAGAGCUAUCUAAGAAUCUCAGCAACCACGAUUCCUGCCUUGCAUAUUAUUUCUGUGACUUUACUUCUCAGAAACAGCAAACAGACUUGGCCUUACUGAAGUGUCUGCUACGGCAGAUUCUACCCCGAGCAUCUGAAGAUACCCUAUCGUUCCUAACCCAGCGCAAGAGCUUGCUGUUCUCGGAUCCCGAAGCGGAAGAUUUGGCGGACAUCUUAGCUGAAAUUUGCCGGACGGAGAAUAAAGUGUACCUUGUUGUCGAUGCCGUUGACGAGCUCGGAGCCCCAAAACGGACGGCGUCCUUGUUCAAGCGCCUAGCAUCCGCCGGUUGCAGAGUGCUCCUUACAAGUCGAAAAACGCAUGACCUGAGCGCGAUGUUGUCAGAAUGCAGAAGCAUCUCUCUUACAAGGUCACUUCCUGAAGACUUGAGCAAAUAUAUUCAGCGCCGAUUUCAAGAAAGCGAUUUCGCGGAUGUUAUAGCGGACACCAGUCCCAUCUUUGAAGUUAUUUUGAAACGUUCAGAUGGCUUAUUUCUGCUUGCCAAGCUGCUUAUGGACGAACUGCUUGAUCUACCUACUGUGGCAAGAAUGCGAAAAGCGCUAGAUGGGCUACCCAAGAAACUAAAAGAUGCCUUCAAGUCUAGUGCUGAAAGAAUUAAUGCGCAACCGCCUGCGCUUCGCGAUAUAGCACACAGGCUUAUCGGUUGGAUUGUGAGUGCGGAGCGACCUCUGUCAAUCAAAGAGGUAACCCAUGCCUUCGCGAUCGAGCCCAACGAUGUCGAAAUAGAUGAAGACAACAUCAUCAUGCCAGUAACCUUGUUGCGGAUAUGUGCUGGGAUAGUGGAAAUCGACGAGGGCCGUAAGACGUUCGGCAUGACGCACACUCUGGCGCACGAAUUUUGGUACAAUCAUAUUGCGGAGCCGGUGAAAAUCCAUGAGGACAUUGCCAGAACCUCCCUUGCCUACCUGUGUCUCAAAAAUAUGAAAUCCGGGCCAUGUAAGACCUACGAUGAACUGGAGACUCGGCUCGAGCAACUUCCGUUUAUGUGCUAUGCAGCACAACACUGGGGAAAGCAUGCAUCCACUGUCGGCGUCGAAAAAAACCUUCAAGGCCCGAUCCUAACACUGCUGAGGGAUGCGGAUCUCCGUGGCAGUGCUUUUCAAGCACUAACCUACCGGAAUGAAAACAUGAACAAGGAUGUUCUUGCUGCCAUAUUUGAGCAUCUACCCAGUGGUCAGAGUGAAUUGCAUGUUGCAGCUUUUUGGGGCCUCGAAAGUAUCGUGAAGAAUUUUAUACUGAGCGGUAUAAACCUCAACGUUGCUGACGAUCAGUCGUGGACCUCACUUCACUGGGCGGCAUCGAAAGGGCACGUAAAUGUCGUUCGAAUACUAGCCAACAAUGGAGCAAACGUCAACUGCCUCGACGAAAGAGGCUGGUCACCAUUGAUUUGGGCAAGCUUCAUCGGAAGCUCUUCAGCGACAAAAUACCUCCUUGAAAAGGGCGCAAAUCACCUUGUCGCUGAUGCCUAUGGAUGGACUGCUCUACAUUGGGCCAUUUCUAGAAGGCUUAGUGAGGUUGUACACAUUCUCCUCGAUCAUCACAAAAGGUUCAUGAAGCUUGACGAAGAAGUACGAAUGCGAAAGAACUUUACUCCUACACUGAGUGCCAAUAGCUCUGACUCAUCGAUGUCUGCAUUGGAAUUGGCUGCUGCUUGUGGCGAUGGUAAAAUAUUUGACAUGCUUCUCGACCAUGAUAGUACGAAGGACCGGGAAAAAGACUGGGUUUCUAGUUAUGGACUGAGUGAUGGUUCUUUUGACCCUCCAACCUCUACCAACAUCUGGAGAAUCAUGAACAAAAUGGAGAGGAUGAGGGGAAUGGAAAUCUACAUUGACUGGCAUGAUACCUCCUACAAGAACAUUCAGCAGUGGAAAAGCAAUAUGUUGCACUCAGCAAUUAAAGACGAGAAGAUGAGUAUAGUGCAGCUCCUUACGGGAAUGGGGAUUGAUGUCAAUGCUGGCGAAUUCCUGAGGCCUGCUUUGCACGCAGCAGCCUGCAAACAGAAUGCCUCGUUCGUCCAGAUUCUUCUUGAUAAUGGAGCCGAUGUUUCGAGUCGCGACUUUUACGGGCAAACGGCGUUACAUCAAGCUAUUUUGAAUGGAUUCGAGGAGACAGUCAAGGUUCUUAUAGAGGGCCACUCAGACGUGAAUGCAAGGACGCUAUACAAUCACGAGGAAAGGUCAGAUUCGGUAUAUUACAUGCGAGGCCGCCAUGAUAACGGACUGCUUGGAAUCGAUUUUAGGGGUCAAGGCACUUCCAGCCUGACACCACUAAUGCUCGCUGCUGGGGAUGUGGGCACCCCAGGCCUUUUCUCUCAACAGCAAUCAAAUAUUGUUGAACUCCUGCUGUUGCAUGGAGCUGAUGUCUCGCUAAAAGAGGAAGAUGGUGCUGGUAGAACAUGUUUACAUUUUGCAGCAGCCACCUGCCAUCCCGAAACCGUACAGAGGAUCAUUGCAGCAGGGGCAGAUAUCAAUGCACUCGACGAUAGCGAAGCUGCGCCGCUACAUUACGCGGCUCAGUAUGGGAACCCUGCGGCAAUACAUGUUCUGCUCCAGGCAGGCGCAGAAAUAAAUGCUUGUGAUUCGUCAGGUCGUUCAAUCUUACACUUCGCUGCGCUUUCGUGCAAUUAUGAGGUCAUUCAAGAUUUGAUAAAGAGCGGUGCGGAUAGUAACGCGAUCGAUAAUAAAGGAAGGAACACGAUUCACUAUCUCGCAGGGAGUUCACUGGCAAAAAACCUUGGCUUCAAAACUCUUAAGCGGGUGUUCCAGCUACUGUACCCAAUUCCCGAUCCAAUUCGGCUUAACACAGAGGCAAUCAUACGCAAUAACAUAUGCCGACCUGAUAGAAAUUGUCGACAUAAGAGUGGACUAGACAAUGUCACGCCGUUGUCUAAGACUAUUCUCGAUGAGAAAUGGGACCUCUUCCAUAUCUUAAGAGAAGCAGACGCGGAAAUAUUGUCGCCUUCAUGCUAUCUCAUAAGGGACGCUGUGCGGGAAAUUCAGCCGGCUGCACUUGAAUAUUGCUUGCAACGAAUUGAUAUGGCUGAGGUGGUAGAUUGUUUGAAAAAAAAUCCUGCAUACUUCUUGAUUCGAGAAAACACCAUUCCAGAAGAUCUGGACGCAAUGCUAUCUAUUACAUCCCCUCUUGACAUGGAUAUCAACGAAAACAAGAGUUACUUUGGCACCAAAAUAAGCAUGGCCGCGAAAAUAUCUAAAGCAGAUGGAAUGGCUUGUGUCCUCCUGAAACAUGGUUCGGACCCUUACGCGCAAGAUCCAAACCUGGACCCCUUCCUCCUCGCUGCUGCUUACGAAAAUUGGGGGUUUCUACACGACUUGAUUGUGCAUAGCCCACGUCCAGCGCCUGAAGGACAUUGGCUCAGAACCUUCGACGUCUUGAAUCCUCCCGAGGGCGGUAAACCAGAGCAGUUUUGCAUAGCGCUCCAGCAAUCCGGAGCUAUAAAGAUGCAUGGAAGCUUCCUGUUCGCUACAUCUCUAGCAAAGGGAAAUACGACAUUGGCAAAAUUGCUAAUCUCAAAUGGUUUAAAUCUCGAGGAGAAAGAUACAUACGGCUGGCGCCCACUUCAUCACGCCGUUUACCGUCAAUCCCCUACAAUCGUAGAUGAUCUUCUCGCAGCGGGUGCUGAUCCAAACGCCCAAACGAAGCUAUGGAACCGCACGUUUUACCCCAAGCCAUAUAGUCACGAAGAGAGCACGUGGCAUGGAACAGCAUUACACUUGUCAGCACUCAUGGCCAAUGUAAGCAUAGCCAACGCGCUGGUAGACCAGGGUGCCGAUGUGAAUGCAAGCGCGGGAACCAACGUCCACGUUCUGUUUGGUCCUAGACCGCUCGAUAUCGCUCUUGGGAUGGAAAAGAUGUACAUGUUGAAUGUUCAACCACUUUGUGGGUCGAGGUUGGAAAUUGCGAGAUUGCUCCUUGGAAACGGGGCGGAUCCAGGUACUGUCGCAGACCGUAUAAGGACUAGGGAUUUACCCAAGUUUCAAGGUUUUGUGGAUGUCUGGGAGCAGAUUCGAUCUUGGUAG